GACAACAAGUAAAUUCAAAAACAUUGAGGUCAUUGAACUUAGAAGUCACAUGCCUAUUACGGAUUUUGGACAACAAAUUGCUUUUGACUUCAGUUCUAUUUCAAACAAGACUUUGGACUAACAAGAAACCAGAGAAAAAUAAUCAAUUAUAUUUAAUGGUUUGGAGUGUCCAUAUGACGCCAUCAUUGUCACGUGAAUCCCAGUACAAAUGUGUUACGUAUUGUUUAAACCUUUAGUUGUUCUCUUUGAAGGUGGAAUAUGAAUGUACAAUACUUGGUGAUAGUUUUCUUAGUGAUUGAGUUGUUUGGUGUGAAUGCAAGGAAGGGUUGUGAUAAUGUGAGGACUCCAUUGAACGGUUUGAGGAAGAGGAGGCAUUUAAAUUUCCCAGAAGGAACUAAUAUGGUUUUGACAAUGUCGGUGCUCAAAGCAAUAAUGGUGCACGCUCCAUCAGGUUGGAAUGUUGCCGUUGAAAUCGAUGUACUUUACCCACUGUUAAGCCAAGAAGUGACAAAUGCUUUAUUCAGAAAGAAGCUUCAUCAUCGACAGAAGAGAGAGUUUUGGGAGAAGGUGCAAAAUGCUCUUGAAAGUUACAACUUGAACGGUCGCUCUUGUAUUUAUCGAAGCAUAUGUGAAGCUAGAACACAUUUGGCUCCACCGGGAAAGUCUUUGGUGCAUGACAUUUUAAGGGCGAUAUUCUUUGCCCCGGUCCACGAAGAAGGAUUUAAGAUUGAAGUUAAUGAAACUUACAACGAACUAUUGGAACCAAACGUGUGUGAAAGAAUCCACGAUUGCCCCAUUUCACUACUGGAAAUUAUUUUAGGUUUGAAUAAAAAUGCUUACAGUUAAA